CCAGGCCACGGAGGGCUGAACCAGCUGGGAGGGGCUUUUGUGAACGGCAGACCCCUGCCCGAGGUGGUGCGGCAGCGCAUCGUGGACCUGGCACACCAGGGCGUGCGGCCCUGCGACAUCUCCCGCCAGCUCCGUGUCAGCCACGGCUGCGUCAGCAAGAUCCUCGGCAGGUACUACGAGACUGGCAGCAUCCGGCCUGGGGUGAUCGGAGGCUCCAAGCCCAAGGUGGCCACCCCCAAGGUGGUGGAGAAGAUUGGGGACUACAAGCGGCAGAACCCCACCAUGUUUGCAUGGGAGAUCCGAGACCGGCUCCUAGCAGAGGGCGUCUGUGACAACGACACGGUGCCCAGCGUCAGCUCCAUCAACAGAAUCAUCCGGACCAAAGUGCAGCAGCCAUUCAACCUCCCCAUGGAGAGCUGCGUGGCCACCAAGUCCCUGAGCCCAGGACACACGCUGAUCCCCAGCUCGGCUGUCACGCCCCCGCAGUCACCCCAGUCUGACUCCCUGGGCUCCACCUACUCCAUCAACGGGCUCCUGGGCAUCACCCAGCCUGGCAGUGACGGCAAGAGGAAGAUGGAUGACAGUGACCGGGACAGCUGUCGGCUGAGCCUCGAUGCCCAGGAGGGUGGCGGGCCCCGCAAGCACCUGCGCUCGGACGCCUUCGGCCAGCACCACCUGGAGCCGCUCGAGUGCCCGUUCGAGCGGCAGAAACUACCCGGAGCCUACACCUCCCCCGGCCACACCAAAGGCGAGCAGGUAAGGGCCAGCCCCCUGGUGCUCGGAGAGGGCCACCGUCCGCCCGUGUCCCCCAUCGGCAUUCCGUCCCCACCCAGCCCCUCCUAUGGGGCCUCCGCGCCGACCUUCCCAUCAGGACCCGGCUGGCGCCUUCAGCCCCACCUCCACUGCCCACUCCGAGCACCCGAGUCUGCAUCCUCCCUGAGCAGGCUGCUCUCAGUCCCGGGUGUAAAAUCCCAGAUGCACACAGGCUGUGUCUUCUCCCCAUUCUCUGCUGGAAAAGUCCUGCUCGGCUGUUCAGACUCAGCACAGACGCCCUGCCCCGCAGACAGCUUGUGGCCCCUCCGGGCUUCUGCAUGUCUCAGGGCAGGCAAUCUGUGUCAGCGAUUUAUCAGCCUAGGCUGUGGCGAGCAUGAGGGGGAGCAGAGAAACCGGGAGCGAGUUGGCAUGGCGCAGCCACAGCUCUGGAGAGAACAGGGUGGCCGCAUGGACACCAGCCAGCAGAUCCCUGCUGCUGGGUCCCUGGGCACCCGCUCCAUCGCGGAGCCAUUCUCGGGCCCUGGGGGGCCUGUGUGA